UGACAUAAACCAGUAUGGUAUCAUCUACAUUUGAGCACGGUGAACAUUUACAGGGAAAUUAAAGUGCGCGACUACAAUAGGUAUUAUUAUAUGAAUGACAAUAAUUGUGUAAUAUUUACUAAGCUGCAGGAUUAGGAGUACCAAAAUCUGCAUAAGGUAAGAAAGUUCCCGGAGAGAUAUGGAAGUCUUCACUUCCGAGCCUGAAGUCGUCGUAGCGUUUGAUUUUGGAACAACAUACAGUGGAUACGCCUUCGCCUUCAAACACGAUCCUACAAAGGUGUUCAUUAACCAGACCUGGGCAUCGAGUUCUUUACUUUCUUAUAAGGCUCCGACAUGUGUCUUAUUAACACCAGAUAAAAAUUUUCAUUCGUUCGGUUUCGAGGCUGAGAAUAAGUAUGCAAAACUUGUCGAAGAAAAAGCUAGCCGGGGAUGGUUAUUUUUCAGGAAUUUCAAAAUGUUGCUUCAUAACAAAGAGAUGCUUUCUAGAGAAACAAUUGUGAAAGACAUCAACGGGAAUGAAAUGCCAGCAAUGGACAUAUUCUCUAUGUCAAUACGAUACCUGCGGGACAUGUUUCUUAAAGAAAUAGAGAGCAAAUCACGCGAUUUCAGGGAAGAUAGGACACUUUACAUGUUGACAGUUCCAGCUAUGUGGGCCGAGAAGGCAAAACAGUUCAUGAGGGAAGCUGCAAUCAAGGCUGGUAUUGAUACAAUGCGACUUAAACUUGCGCUUGAACCGGAAGCUGCCGUACUGUGUUGUCAGGAAGAUGAAUGCCUUAUUAAUCCUGAAAUGCAGUUCAUGGUUAUUGAUCUUGGAGGAGGAACAGCUGACAUUGGGUGCUACAGUAAAAACACAGAUGGAAGCCUAAAACAAACCUUUUUAGCAACAGGAGGGCCAUGGGGUGGCAUUUGUGUUGACAAAAACUUUCUUAAGACACUAGAGUUGCUAUUCGGUGAAAAGGUGUUAGAGGAUUGCAGAAAAAAGAACCCAGAUGAAUAUUUUGAUCUUUUACGAGGUUUCGAAAAUAAGAAAAGAUCAAUUGGUCCCGAUCUAAAUGAUGAUACAAACUGUAUAGCUUUUACGAUUCCGUAUAGCAUUAGAAAUAAUAUGUCCGAGAUGUCACAAACACCCGAAGAGCGAUUUAUUGAUCGAUAUCCUGGGAAAAAAAUCGAAAUGAUAAGGGACAAAUUAAAGCUUGACACCAGCGUCGUUCGUACAUGGUUUGACGGACCGAUAGACAGGCUUAUAGAGGAAAUAAAAUUUAUUCUUGGCCAACAGGAAGUAGAAAUUGCUUUGCUAGUUGGAGGUUUUGGUGAAUGUGGUUUCCUUAAAGAGAAACUGAAUAAGGAAAUGGACCAUAAGAGCAAGAUGCUUAUUGUGCCAAAAGAUGCCAGUUUGGCCGUUUUGAAGGGUGCUGUAAUUUACGGUUUUAAUCCAAAUGCUGUAUCAGUCCGAGUGAUGAAAUAUUCGUACGGAAUUGAGGCAGUCCGAGAUUUUGACAAAACGAAGGAUGAAGAAGCCGAUGCUGUGGUUCUUAACAGGAAGAAAAAGGUUGAUCAUAUAUUCAUCCCUUUCGUUCUAGCUGGCGAAACAGUUAAGGUUGGGCAAAAAGUGAAAAGGACGUUUACACCAACUGGGGAAACGGAAUCUUUGCUGAAAAUUUACCGCAGCGAAAAUCCAAACGUUAAAAUGACGACUGACUGUGAGAGAAUCGGGACUCUAAGGGUGCUCUUGUCGGCAAGACAUAAGAAGUUUAAAGUCAAAAUGGUAUUUGGCCAAACAGAGUUGAUUGUGAAAGCAAAGGUAAAGAAGUCAGAAAAUGAACACCAUGCGGUCUUCGACUGUUUCAUGUAGAAAACAAAGUAACUUCGUUUGAUGGAUGGCAAUAACCAAAGUUGGUGAAAACUAUUUCAAAAUGUCGGCGUCAUUAAAGUAUUAGGCUUAAUGUUUAUAAAAUUGGGAUAAAAUACAAUAUUUUUUUAAUAAAACAUUAAAAUGUUUGCUUAGAUCUGUAUCGACUGUAAUGUAUUUUACAAAAAGCAAAGCAGGUAACUGUUUGGAAAUAAAAUCUGUAAACAAAUCUUUUAGAAGCAAAGAAUGCAACCAAGAAGAAUAAUAGCAGACUCGGUUUGAUUGAGUCUGCUCAUGAGAAGUAAUGCAAUGUGCAACACUUCUCAUGCACCCUAGCACCGGCUAAGAGGCACUCCAUUACACAUACGUUGAAUGGACUCCAUGAUCCCAAAGGACCAGAAAAUAUAACAACACUGAAUCUUAAGCCUUAAACAUUUUAAUAUGUUGGGGCAAACAUUUUAGUUUUAUUAUAUUUGUACCUACUGCUUAUCUUAUUGUACUAAUCAGAGAUAAUAAAUUUAAAAACAUG